UGUGCUUCGGGGUAUUUUCAACCAAAAAUAAUUAUCAAAAAUCGCGCCGAAAUGCCAAUUCUUCAGUCACCGACAUGGGUCAAGAAGACUUGCACAGGGAGUAACGAUCACCUGUCAGUGGGUAGACGUUGAUGUGAAACAUCGAUAACAUAUUUUGAGGAAUGUUGCCCACGCCCGAAAAAUCGGGCAAGCAACUUGGCGGGUCCGGCCGAUGCUAAGAUUGAGGCAGCUGCGGGUUAACCGGGCCUUGGGGAGAGAUUUGAAACCCCAGCUCUUUGUAGCGAGCGAGCGUGUACUGUACUUACGGAGUGAAAAGUCCUCUCAUUAUUCAAGGAGUGAUGACCGAAUGGAUCCACCCGCCAGGACGGAUCAAACGGAGACGAUUGGGACAUUACCCGCCGGAUCCAGGGAAAUCCCCCACAAAACCGCAAAGUUGCUUUCAUUCCAAUGCCAUUCCUUUCCCCCACAAAAUGGCGCACGCUUGCUUGUCCACUGCGGUCCGGCCGGCCUUGGGGUCCUGGGAAUGUCCACUUCGAAUUUCUGGUCGCGACAGUUGCAAUUGACUGAAUUGGGAGGAUUUAGCGGGCGGUGCCAGCCGCCACUACCCUCACCAGUCCGAAGCAGGCACGCAGGCAAGCCAGCAAGCAAGCAACCUCGGUCCAUGGGUUUUUGGAGAACCCCAAACUUUCCAGCUUCCCAUCUCCUUGUUGCAAGCUCCCUUAGCCGGUGGGGGAAACUCGCGGUGAGUUCUUUGUAUGCUCGUACUGAACCAUUUCUGGGGAAGGGGCAAUGCGAAAGUGAAACUCACCCCCGUGCCUACUGCGCUCUCAGGAGCGAUACUGGCCGAUCCAGCCGGGUCACGAGGUCCGGGGUUGGAUUUCGUGUUAAACUUAGUCUUCCAGGAGUUGAUGCGACCAGGAGCACCGUCAACGGCCCGUGACCUACCUGGUGGAUAUGAUCCCGGCCAAGACCGUCGUAAUCUUACUGCAUACCAGCAAUGGCGUACAACGCACGUCUUACAGUCCUGGAGGGUUUGAAAUCGGUCGUCUUACCGUACUGUACCCGAGAAUUUACUCGUUUGGAGGACCUGUCUCUUUUGCCAGCUCUUUGCUCUCGGUGCAAGGCCGGGCAGGUCGUGAAACUGCCUAGUUGGGCUAGUGGUCUUCCAGCUUGCUGCGACUGCGACUAGUUCCGGACCGCCUCCCAACGACUCACCGGUAAUUUAACAUACAGUACAAUUGCCGACGAUAAGGCAAGAUAGUGAGCCUCGAGGGCAAUUGCUUGUCAAG